UAUGGCAUAGACAAGUAAGAGAAAAUAAUCAAGAUCUUAUGAAGAUAGCGAAGUAGAAAUAAUAAUAUAAGUGAUAGUAUAGGGGGAAGUUAUUUAGGGAAGGUGGACAAAAGAUGAACAUUAAAGAUUUGUAGAAGCACUUAGUAUACAUGGUAAAAACUGGAAAAAGGUUGAAGAAUAUGUAAAUACUAGAAGUGGAGCAUAAAUUAGGUAUUAUAUUAUGAUUAUUAUAUUAAGAUCACAUGCAUAAAAGUUUUUUAAUAGAUUAGAAAAAGAAUUUAACAAAUAAUUUAAUGGUUUGAAAAGUUCAGAAAUUAAAUAGAUAUUUGAAAAUAAAAUGUUUCAUCACUAUUCAGAAAUUGAUUAGAUAUAAAAAAGAUAAAGAACUGGUUCUAUUAAUGGUAAUAUGAAUAUCCAUUAAAUUUUAUUGUAGAUAUCUCUGACGACGACAUUUAAGUAAAUCAAGAAUCUAUCUAAAUUGAAUCUAAUCAAUAAUCACUCUAAUAAUAGCAAUAAUAAAUUAAAAUACAAUUAAAACAAGGAAUUUUAGAUUUAAAUCUACCGGAUACUUGUUGUCAUUUAAAUACAAUUAAUUAAAUCUCUAAAUAUUAAUAAUAAUAAAAUAAAUUACAAAGAAAAAUAUAAGAAAUCGCUGAUCAAAAUUAUCCUGAUGAUUUAAUUAAAGAAAUUUGUGAAUUGUACAAAGAAAAAGAUUAAAUUAUUGCUAUUUAAUAAAUUCAAAAUGCUUAUUAAUCUAUUGCUGAAGUAAACUAAAUAGAAUCAACAUAAAUGUCUAAACAACUAGAAAUAUUAUAACCUUAAAAGAUUAAUAAUUAACAUAAUGAAGAAUCAAGACCUGGAACAGAUGAAUCCUUCUUUCAUUUUAUUAUGUAUCUCAUUCUUUCUAGAUAUAGGGCCAGAAAUUAAAAAUAUAUCAAUAAUAGGAAAUUAAGUCUCUCAGAUUUAAUUGAUGUACCUAUAAUUGAUGAGAAAUCACUUCAAUCAAUUGAGUAAAAAUAACCAUAAUAAUAAGAGAGUGAAGGAUAAAGAAGUAGAAAAUAAUCAUUUACCUUUUAUAACGAUUAAGUGGAAGAUAAUGAACUUAGAUAUUAAAUACUUAAAAAAACAAAAAAAGAAUUAUGA